CGCUAAACCGCUUUGGGAGCUGCUGACCUUCACUUUCACCCUCACUUGCGACCCGGAACUCUGUCUUGUCGGGUAUUUGACUUACGCGGCGUGCCUCUCCCUCUCUCUGUUUGCUUUUCUUUUUCUCCUCUCCUAUUUCACCCAUUGUUUUCUUUUUCCGUUUUGUAUAGACUCAGUCGUCCGCCCACCAUGGCUGAUCCCUCUCAGCCCAAACAAUCGCUUUACGAAUCAUUGGCCGAGCAGCUUCCCCAGUCUGUUCCCUUCACCUUCCACCACUACUCGACGCCCCCAACCAAAUCCCCGUCUCUCUUCUCCGCACCUCCGCAUGCGAAGCCCGAACGUACCUUCUGUGAAUCUCACUUUCUCGCCGCCUCCAUCACCCCCCAGGGCUCCUCCGAUGAGCUUCUCAUACUCGCCAUAGAGGUACUGGUCUACACUACAAAAAGUCUCACCACCAUCUUCGUUUCCAAGGCCGACUCGACGGGCUAUAUAUCUCUCUUGAAACUCCCACGAUCGCAGGCCGGAUCGCCUCUCAAGAUAAUAUGCGGCACCUUCGUCUCUUGGCUGGCCAAGGAGCGACAGAGGUAUGGCAAGAAGGUUGUUGUAUCGCUGUUCGCGAGGGCUCAAAACCAAUACCUCUUCCCAGCAAGCAUCGACAACAAGGACAAACAUGUUCUGGAUGAUCGGGGCCUUGUCAAAUGGUGGUGUAAGGUUCUAGACCCCAUCAUGCAAGAAUACGGCGUGGCUAGAGAUCAAAAGACACUGAAGGAACGCUUGACCAGCGCACCUACAGAUUCGAUUCGCGACUCUCCAACGGCUGGUUCGACUGCCAAAGGCUACCUGGUAAUACCCGGGUUCGAGCACUACGAUACCCUCCGUUACGUUCCACCACCUCCCUCAACUUCCGAACCCCGCCGCUGGGCCACCACCCACCCGCUACUCGACAUUGCGCCAUAUCCAAACGCACCCCCACGAUGCCUAGUUCCCCACUUUCCCGAUGAUCCCAAGGCACGCUUCUUGGAUGAGUUGGACGAUGAGCUGCCAGAUCGUGGAAACGACUCCUCCAAUCCGGACGCGGCCACCCCCUCCCGAAGUAAUGGACAAUGGAAGAGCGUCAAGACCCUGGAUCAGUUUUGGGAGUUCAUGGCGUACCGACAGGAAUGUUCGUCUGGAAGGAUAGUGGGUUUUAUAUGGAUCGUCAUCACACCUCCACAACCCUCGAUCCCCGAGGAAGACGAAACAGAGGACUCGUCGCAAGCGCUAUCGUCACUUUCACAAACCGACACUCUGGCCACCGACAACAACUCACCCGCAAGCACGCCAGAGAGAAAGAAGAAGAAAAGGUCACGACGGAGGAAGGUGAAUCUAGAGUAUGGUCCUAUUCCGCUCAUCCUCCCCAGGAUCAAAUCGAGCUCUUCCAACUUGUCUUCCAUGAUCGACGGCUCCCGAGCCGGAUCAGUCAAGACUCUCCCCGAAAAUACCCCAUACUACAAAUGGCCAGCCGACUCACGGGGUACCGUCGUCCUCUCGGCCAAGGACUACGAUCGAGCACACGAGAUUCUGAUCCAGCAAAACUUUGCGACGCGAAGCGCAGCGGUUCGUAGUACCCGACGUUGGAAGGAAGAAGUGGCCGUGCUGGCAGGCGUGAAUAGCUGGAGCAAUGCGGUGAUUGGCAAGAAAGAGGCAAAAGAUUUGCUCAUUACAGCGGCGGUCCAGGUCACGCCAGUAACUGUGAUGGGUGUGAGGAAGAAGAGGAAGCCCAACGAGCCUGCUCAACCCGAAGUGGGCCCUUCCAGUUCGGCCGAAAAUCCCACGAUGCUGGGAGAAGGGCUGGUACGGAAGAAGGUUAAGACGGAGGCGGGUGCGGAUGGGGGUGCUUCGGCGGCAAAUGGGGUCAAUACGUUGGGUGCUGGGCUGGUCCGCAGGAAGCCGAAAAGCUGA